AUGGUGCAGGGCUCACCGGUGUGGCUACGCAGGCGGGUGCGCCAGGACCGACGGAGAGAGCAAGUCAAAAGAAGCUCUUCGCACAAGAUGGCCACUUACACCGUGGAGAUCGAGUACCUGACAAGGGAGAAGGAGCCAGAGUACUUUGUUGAGCAUGGGGUGGCCGGUCCGAGACCGAACGAGACUGUAGAAGCCUUGGCGGGCCGAUUUCUGGAGGCGUGCCGGCAGUACAACAGAGUGCCGGAGGGUACUUUGGCUCGGGUGGUUGCCCCCCACCGCGGGGAGAUGCUGGAGCUGGACCAGGAGUCCUGGACCGCACCAUGCUCCGUGGCCCUUGAUGCCACCCUCUCGACGGUGAUGAUUGCUAUCACGGACCAGGAGAUGACCCGGCAUAUAAGGAGCUGUCUCGAUACCUUUGUGAGAGUCUGGCAGCAAAGCCAUGCAUAGCAGCCUCACGAUCC